AUGUCCAAAUGCAUGGCAUCUGAGUCUCAUGAUGAUGAGCCUGCCCCGAAACACGUCAGGAAUCAGAAAGGAGCAAGACCGCCAUCACCACUGGCAGAUCACGGCGCAUGGCGCAUUCUGGAACAGUAUCUGACCACCACAGACAUGACCUGCCCUCAGAUGGAGGCAGCCUUUGCUUCAUACUUGGGCGAUCGAUACAAUGCGGACGAUUGGCAAGAAGUUCGUGAUGCAUUGUUCUCCGGCAAUGGUGAUGACAGCGUUGCCUUGGCAAAUCUUGUUGCCUUGAAGGCCAGGCAUGUAUCCCAGGGCGCCUCCAGUCCAUCUGCACCCAUGUCUGCCACAAAGGCAGCCGCUCGUUUGAGCGCACACAUCCGAAGGCCCAAAAAUCCUUUUAUCGACGAUGAAGCAGAUGAUGAUGAUGAUGACGACAACGACGAGGAGCAGCAGGAAGAGGAGGAAAACUCUCAGGAGGAGGAUGGGGAUGGCUCUUCUGUGGGGUCAUUAAACGUUGCACGCUUGCCAAGACCUUCGGCCAAGGAUAAGUACGACAGGAAAGCGCCAAACACAUGUCGUCGAGCAGCCUCAUCCUCCGGCACGGUCCAAAGCAGGAUGUACCUUCUCCAUGUUCACAGAUCUGCCACACAACGUGUCGCUGAACAUCUCAGGAGCAAGGGAUUCACUGUUACCAUAUCACCUUGGAUCCCAAGUCAACUCUACGCUAUUUCAGAUAGCCCUAAAAUGAUUGCAACAUCGCUUGAAUUGCUCUCUUCCUCUGUGAAAGAUUAUACUUACAUCUCGGAGGAAGAACAAGCAGCGGUUGAAUGUUCGCGCUUCACACUUCCCAAUCCCAGGUGGGUGAAAAUCACUCAGGGGAAGUAUAAGGGCGACAUUGGUUAUACAGUGUCCGAUAUCCUUCAGGAUGACAAAGUUGUAGGAUGGUCUUAUAAAGGAGAGCGGUACUACAUGGGGCUUUUACUGAAAAACUUUCGUUGCGACAGCCUAGAGCUAGUCGCCUCCCCUCAUACUAACAAUAUUCGACUACAUCUGCAAUCUGGGUGGGAUGUACCUUUCUUCAAGAAAACACUGGUGGCCUUUUCACUCCAAUUCCUGCGUGCAGGUGACUCAGCCAGGCCUAUCACAGGAGAAGUCCGUUCAGAAAUUGGCACUGUCGUCUCAACAGACCAUGUAUCUGGCUCCGCAUGCUUAGAGUUCACCCUGGAUGAACACCGACAAGAACUGGAAUUUCGACUCCAGGACAUCGAGCGUCUGGAAGGGUACAUCAUUAAAAAGUCUGAGGACUUGUUUCACAUGUGUCAAGAGGCCACCAAUGAAGAGGUGGAAGUAUUGAAGUACUACUUAGAUCGACAUCCCUUAACUCACGUGCUUCAAUCCCGGCUGCUGACGCAGCCAGAUUUCAACCCUCUCCCCCAGCCAGAAUCUCUUCAAAUUGGAGACAAAAUAGAAGUGUGUGUGGGAGAUAACAUGGGGAAAUGCGGGAUUGUAGUGUGGUUUCCUAUGGGAGCAACCACAUUGUGGUUCCGGGCUGGAGGCAAUAUCAAGGACCAGCUGAUCAACGUCCCUGCAGCCCUUGUACGGCGGAUUUGUCCCCCCAAGACUCUCCAAUUUACCAAGGAAAAGGGUUACGAUGUUAAGCCUGGAGAUGUUGUGACUGUCACCUGUGGGCCAGAGUUCCGGACAAAAGGGGUUGUGCAAACCGUGGACUUUCCAAACGCAUGCCUAACUCUGAUAUCCGAGGGCGAUUACUCACUCGUCAACGUCCCUAUCGAAUUCAUCAUGAAAGUAUCGAAUGCGAACCUGGAUUCGUUCAACAACAUCAUCGGGCAAGAAGUCUUCAUUAUUGGAGGUUCACGAAAAGGUUAUCGAGCCACACUAUACCAACUUUCUCAGGAUACUUGCUCCAUUUCGAGGAGAUCGUACCUAAUGCCGCCAUGUCGAAGCAAGACCCCUCCACCUGACCCCGUAGUCCCAUCCAAUUCCAGUAUGGACCCCGUCUGGCCCAACUGGACGUACAACCCCUGGGUUGCUAACAAUGCAGAAGAUAUCGAGGAUGCCAUUGCAGACAGAGAGGAGAAGUCCCGCAACAACAGCCCGUUACCUUGGUUGAUGAAGAAAGAGUUUGCGUUAAAGUUGACUCAGUACCAUGUGGUGCUUAAAGUAUCACCGAGUUUCAUGGGAGGCAGACUGCAUAAUCGCUUUGUAUCGACAACUUGUCCUGACCCGUUCCACGGUGAUAACAGACCCGCACCUGAUGGCUGCGUCGUGGUAUUUUGCACCUCCAACAGUGCCGGAGCUGCGCUUCAGUACUACCAUAUUCCUGUCAAUGAUCUGAGUCCAGCUCCACCGCGCAAAAAAAAAACAAAAAAUAACAAAAAGUGUCUCAUCCUCGACAGCGAUUCUCAUGGUGAGAUCCUAACUGUUGCAAAGUGCAACAUGAAGAAGAAUACUGUUGAGAUUGCGAUAACUGCUAGGACUAGCUUCGCUUUGCAAUUCGAUCAGAUAUGCCUUGUGGAGGAAAGUAGAUUCUGA